AUGAGUAUUACAGGUGAAGUUUUAAUCGAAACAGACAAAAACGAACCAUAUGAUGUACAUUUAACAAAAACUGAUGUUAAUUAUGGUAUUGUUGGUUUAUAUAAUUUUUAUCGUAUGCAAAUAAUAAAACAUAAAAGUAAAAAUAAUUUAUAUUUUCUUUUUACACGUUGGGGACGUAUUGGUGAGGCUGAAGGUCAAUAUCAGUUAACACCAUAUUCAACAUUAGAUGAAUGUCGAAAAGAAUUUGUAAAAGUAUUUCGUGAAAAAACUGGUAAUGCAUGGAAAGAUACAAAUCAAUUUGAAAUUAAACCAAAAAAAUAUACAUUAAUUAAAUUAAAUGAACGUGAAAUACAUAAAUAUUCAAAUGUACCCAUUGAUUUUGAACGUUUACAAACUGAACAUGUAUCAUCCAAACUUCAUUCAUCCAUAUUUAAAGAUUUUCUUAAGACAUUAAUUAAUCGUCAAGCUAUACGUUUAAAUAUUGAUAAAACACAAUUAGAUAUUGAAUGGAUGCCUGUAUCACAAUUAAAACGUGACACAUUACAAAAAGCACGUCAACUUAAACAACAAGAAAAAAUACUUGAUGAUUUACUUGAACUUGAAUUAUCCUAUAAAAUACUUUUAGGUGCACAAGCUAAUUUAAAAUCAAUUUCACCAUUAGAUUAUUUAUAUAAAUCAAUAAAUUGUCAAUUUGAAGCUAUGAAUAAAGAUGAUAUUGAUUCACAAUUAAUUUUACGUUAUAUAUGGGCAAGUGCAUCAAGUAUACAAGUUGAACAAAUAUUUAAAAUUGCACGUCCAAACGAGGAUGAACGUUUAUAUAAAUCGAAUCUUGAUAAUCAUUAUUUAUUAUGGCAUGGUACUAAUAUUCGUAAUUUAAUUAGUAUACUUACGAGAGGACUUCUUGUUGGACCAUUAGCUGCUAUGGCAAGUGGAAGUUUAUUUGGAAAAGGAAUUUAUACAGCAGAUACAUUUGCAAAAAGUCUUGGUUAUUGUUCAGGUGUAAAACAGAAUGAUGGUGGUGGUGAACGUUGUUUUAUGAUAUUAUGUGAAGUUGCUUUAGGUAAAAUUAAAGAAAUGGGUUUAAAUAAUGAUGAUGGUGGUACAAAACAACUUGAUUUAAAUCAAUUUCAAAGUCGUAAAGGUACUGGUCGACUUAUACCUGAUCCACGAUAUAUAGUUACACGAAAUUAUGGUGUUCGUAUGCCACUUGGUAAUAUGAUCGAUAAUACAGAUGUUAAAGUUGGUUUUUAUGGUCUUAAUUAUAAUGAAUAUAUUGUAUAUGAUGAAUCACAAGUAGCUUUACGUUAUCUUGUGCAAUUUCGUCGUUAA